CGACUUUCUUUUUUUCACGUGUUCCGUUCCGCCCGCGUAUAAAUACCGUCGACGACGAAACGAGAGCAAUCAGUAGCUUUCGAGCAGUCUACCACAGAAGUGCACGAUGAGAUUCCUGAUUGUCGCCGCCGCCGUCCUCGCCUGCGCCGCAGCCGCGCCCUCCGGCGCCCUGCUGGCCGGGCCCUACGCCCAUGGCUACGCCGCCCCCCUGGCAGUGGCCCACGCCGCCCCCCUGGCCCUGGCGCACGCUCCAGUAGCCGUGGCCCACGCUGCGCCCGCCUUGCCCACCAUCUCCCCCGGAGACAUCCACGCCGCUGCCAUCGAUGCCCACGUUGACGCCUCAGACCACGCCCGCGCCGCCGUCGACGCCGCCCGCGAAGCCCACGACCAGCACGCCGAGCUCCACGGCCAGGCCGUCAACGCCGCCGAAGACCACUAGUGGCAGGCGCUCGACGCUGUCAAGACCCAGGAGGCUCAGCUCGACGGCGCCGCCGCCGGAGCCGCCCCCAUCUUGGCCAAGCAGAUCGCCGGACACGCCGCCUACGCCGCGCCCGUGGUCGCCCACGCCGCUCCCGUGGUCGCUCACGGCUACGCCGCCCACGCCGCGCCCGUGCUCGCCCACGCGCCCGCUGUAGCCUACGGCG